UGGUUUCACCCUUGCCGAUGUAUGACAACAACAUGGCUGGAUUAUAGAAUGUAAAAGACUGCAGCGAUAAUAGGACAUAUUCAAGGGGAAGCAGCAUUGUCUCAUUGAAAAACAUUUCGUAAUAGGACUUUCUUUAGGGCUUAAACGAACCUUAAUCAACGUCGUAUGAGAUAAAAUGCAUUGUCUAAGUAAAGCAACAUUGGUAUUUAAUGGAAUUGGAUGGCGACAUGUUUCUUCAAAUCAUCUGUCUACUGCUAAAAUAAUUAGUCGGGGGCUUGCGUGCACCCAAAAUGGAAAGGAAUCGAGCGAGGUAUAUGACAUUGUUAUAUCUGGAGGUGGUAUGGUUGGAACCGCUAUGGCGUGUUCUUUAGGCAUGGACCCAAAUCUGGAGGAGAAGAAGAUCCUGUUGCUGGAAGCAGGCGAUAAGAAAGUGAUGGACACGGUUCCUGAGGCGUACAGUACCAGAGUCAGCUCCAUCAGCCCUGGUUCUGCCACACUGCUCAGUGGGAUUGGAGCCUGGGACAGCAUAGUGAACAUGAGAUGCAAGCCCUAUCAGAAGAUGCAGGUUUGGGAUGCCUGCUCGGAUGCCCUGAUUACUUUCGAUAAGGAGAACCUGCAGGAUGAGAUGGCAUACAUCGUGGAGAACGACAUCAUUGUGGCCGCACUAACUAAACAGCUGGAGAGUCUCCAGGAUAACGUGAAGGUCCACUACGGAACCAAGGUGGUGAAGUACUCCUGGCCCAGAUCCCACCAGGUACAAGACUCAAUCCCUUGGGUCCAGGUCACCCUGGCCAAUGGGGAGACACUGCAGACAAAACUACUGGUGGGGGCAGAUGGACCCAACUCCAUGGUCAGGCGGGAGUCUGGGAUUCCCACAGUCAAGUGGAACUACGACCAGUCGGCUGUGGUGGCCGUACUGCACCUGUCAGAGCCCACAGAGAAUGUUGUUGCUUGGCAAAGGUUCCUACCGACAGGUCCCAUUGCAAUGCUACCGCUGUCAGACACGGCGAGCUCUCUGGUUUGGUCUACGAGUCAUCGCCAUGCGGAGGAGCUGUUGGGGCUGGACGAGGAGAGCUUUGUAGACGCCAUCAACUCCGCCUUCUGGAGUAAUGAGAACCAGUCGGAGCUGGUUGAGACGGCUGGCUCACUGUUUCGCAGUGCCCUGUCGAUGCUCAUGCCGCUGGCGGGCUCAGCGCGUCAGCUGCCCCCUAGCGUGGCCGGGAUCGGGCCAAAGAGCCGGGUGAUGUUCCCUCUGGGCAUGGGCCAUGCUGCAGAGUACAUCAGACACAGGGUGGCCCUCAUCGGCGACGCAGCCCACCGCGUCCACCCGCUGGCCGGCCAGGGAGCCAAUCUGGGCUUUGGGGAUGUGGCUUGUCUCACACAGGUUCUGAGCCAAGCAGUCUAUAACGGGAAGGACCUGGGAGCCAUGCAACACUUGCUGGAGUACGAGACUGAACGCCAGCGACACAACCUGCCCAUGAUGGCUGCCAUCGACCUCAUGAAACGCCUGUACUCCACCAACGCAGCCCCCGCCGUGCUGCUACGCACGUUUGGUCUGCAGGCCACUAACAUGCUGCCGCCUAUCAAAGAGCAGAUCAUGGCAUUUGCAAGCAAGUGAUACACUGGGCAUGCAGUGGCUGUUUGAUGGGAACCCAAUGACGAUAUGCCAUUGUGACUUGUGAACUGAAUGUAAAAGUGUAAAUUAAUAAAGCUAUAUUUUAACCUGU